AAGUACACGCAGUCACAACGAGACGUCUUAGCGCUAUAUCGCAGAGGGCUGCGGGCUAUCAGAGGUAAACCACAGCCCGCGCAGCCUCACUUCGUCACCUACCUGCGCCACGCCUUCAGAGCGCCGAGCCAGGGUGGAGGCGUUAAGCGCAGAGACUUCGCGGCUAUAGACUAUUUGAUGAGAAAGGGGAGGAAAAUGGUAGAGGAUGUCUUUGAGAGCUCUGGAGUUAAGGACAUCCAUCUACCCCCCGGCGCGGAAGAGUUUGCACAAAAG